UUGAGAUGGCCAAGGUUAGUUAUAAGCUUGCAGUAAGUUUGCUUUUGUCGGUUUGUGGAAUUCAAUCGACGAUUGCUGAGAAGCUAACCUCAUCGAUCGUUGCCACCGUCUUAAGGCAGAGUGAUAAAAAUGUGAUCUUUUCUCCUUGGCUGUUAACGGAAUCUUUAAUGCACUUGCAUUUGGCUGCAGGAGGCAAAAGCGCCCACGAAAUCAACAAAGUUUUGCAAUUAAAUGGCGAAUCGAAAAGUGAGAUUCUUACGAAUUUUUCCAAUUACCAAGAAAGUAUCAACAUAUCUGAAAGUCAAACACUUCACAUGGCAAAUCGAUUAUUUUUGGCAUCGGAUAUAAACCUAUCCUCAGAGUAUCUGCAGCAUGAAAAUGAAAUAUUUCCCAACUCAAGCCAAAGUGUAGAUUUUACAAAGUCCUCAGAGACUAUUCGCAUAAUUAAUAACUGGAUAUCCGAAGAGAGCAAUGGAACAAUAACAAAAUUAGUGGAGCAACUCGAUGCUAAGACAAAAGCUUUGUCCCUGAGUGCUAUUUACUUUAAGGGAUUGUGGAAAUACGCAUUCAAUAGAAAUAAUACCAAGAAAUCUACUUUCUAUAUACCUCAAAAAACUGGUGAAUCGCGUCAAAUCAAAGUCGACAUGAUGUUCCGAAGGGGACUUUGUAGACUAGACAUGAUUGAUAAACUCGAUGCCAUGUCUUUGGAAAUUCCUUACGACAGUUCACAACUUUCAAUGGUGAUUCUACUGCCCAAAACAGUUAAUGGAAUCAAUAAAAUUAUUAACAAUUUGGAUCAAAUGGACAUUGAUGAGAUUGUGCCAAAAAACAAAUGAAAUGUAUGUU